GUUUCUUGCAACUGACCAACAGCUUGCUACUAAUUUUUCAACUCGUUCGAAAUGAAGUUCGUGGUUAUAUUGGCUAGCCUUUCAUUGGCACUGACUGCUGCCGUUGAGGUAAAUGUAAAACCUAAAACCGAGAGCAACGUGGAAGUGUCUGAUCAAGACGUCGCUGAACGGCACCGACGUGGUUAUUUCGGUGGAUAUCAUGAAUACUGGCGUGGACGUCGGUCUGUCGAGGAGGUGCAACCGGAACACGAAGCCAACAUCGAAGUUGCUGACCAGGAGGCAAUCGAGUUCCGUCGCGGCUACUACGGUGGACAUCUUGGCUAUUGGCGUGGUCGUCGCUCAGUAGAAGAAGCAAAACAGGAAGAAGAGGCCAGCAACGUUGAAGUUGGAGAUGACUUGAACGGCAACGAAUCGUACGGAAGCCGCUACUACGGCCGUCCUUAUGGGUACUAUGGUCGAUACUUAAGUACCAGUGGACACUGGCGUGGACGUCGUUCCGCUGAAAGGGAGAUGACAUCAGAAGAAGAUGGAACCAUUAAUACUGACCUGGAAAUCAACGAGUCUCGCCGAGGCUGUUACGGUCUGGGAUAUUGGCGUGGACGUCGAUCCGUAGAUGAAAUAACACCGGAAAAAGAUGUCGAUGUUAAAGUUGAUGGUGACCUGGACGCUAACGAAUGGUACGGCCGUAGUUAUUAUGGUUAUCCUUACAGUUACAGCAGGUACGGAUAUCGCAAUGGAUACUAUUGGUAA